AACCAAGCAAUGAAGAACCUACCUGAUCAAGACUUUUGAGAAAGUAUGAGAGGAUUUGGAAGCUCAAUGAGGAAGAGGGACGAGGUCUUUUAAAGAAGUGUGGUACGAAACGAGUGUUGGAGAGUGGUUGUUGCAGAUUAAAAGGUUGGGUAUAACAAACCUGAACUAGCAGGCACGAAGGGCAAUUGAUGGUCACUCAGAUAAACAAAAUAGAAAUUACCAACCUGCGCAACACCGUCAUUAAUAGCAUUUUGGAAGGACGAGCCAUGGCCCCACGACAAACAACCCUACCCGUGCGACGGUACAUCUUUACCGGUCAGAUGCAGGAACCCAUGCAACACAUGCUGCGCCCCCCCUUCGAGGAGUAUUCAUCGAAGUGGAAGUGCGUCGAACCUCGUCCAACCGCACACUCUCGGUGUGAGGUUGAGAGUUGUCGACCAGCGCAAGGCUGGUUGGAUGACAGGCCAAGGCCGACACCGACAACGCUGCUCCCGGUCUGGCCAGGAUAUCGAUGGAUGUUUCGACUGAUGCGAGGCCAGGGGCCUUUCCAGUCCCUGCACCCGAUCUAGUAAUCUUUGUUUGAUGUUUCAUGGACCACUGGACAGAGCUGUAUACGAGCCCGAUCAAACGGACCGGGACACUGUCGUUGAUACUUGCUGACCGCAAGCGCUGCCUUUGACGCCGGUCUCCAUCACCGGGCAGCUGAGCAUCUCAGCAUCUCAGCAUCUAUCCUC